CUGAUGGUCAGUUUAUGAGUAUUAACGAACUACGUUCUAAAUUUAAGUGCCAUAUUUCAGUUAAAGAAUAUUGUAUUUUCACACUCCGGGAUUUGGAACGCGGAAGUAAACGAUUGCAGGGUAAACUUCGACAGCAUGGAAAAUCACAGCAAAUAUUACUUUCACUUACCCAUUUGCUCCAAGUGGAAAAUAAAAAAAAGUCCACUAUUACAUUUGACUGACUUUCCAGAAGAGGAAAAAAUAGAGAGUGGUGGAUUAAGACAGUCAAAUGGGAGAAGACAGCUUUGGUAAUAUUUUUUUUUUAAACGAAUUACAGGGUAGUAUAAGACAAAUAAUAAUGUUAUAAACUUACACUCAAUAUAUAAAAAAGAUAAUAUCAAACUGUUUGUUAGAUUUACGUUGCUAAAUAAGACGGAAACGCGUCAUCACAGUCUGUGAAGAAGCUCCUUUGCUGGUGAAGUGUGAUGCAGGACGGUAAGAGAGGGUCUUUCCGUCUCUUCGUGCUUCAGGCUUCCCGCACGGAAACAUAUGCAUGAUAUCAGAGGGGUUACAGUCACCUCGAGGGGUUUCUGCUGUCUGAAACAAGUCAGCCCUCGAUCUGUUAUUGGGGGAUGAAUGACGAGAAAAGCCCGGAUAACGGCAAGAGAAACGCUUGGUUUACCAGCAUUGAGCAAAUGCUGGCUGUGAACCCUGGAAAGACACCCAUCAGUCUGCUGCAGGAAUAUGGAACGCGGAUAGGCAAAACCCCAGUGUACGACCUGCUGAAGGCAGAGGGUCAGGCCCACCAGCCCAACUUCUCAUUUUGUGUGUCUGUGGGAGAUAUCAGCUGCACCGGCCAAGGCCCCAGUAAGAAAGCUGCCAAGCACAAAGCCGCAGAGGCCGCCCUCAAGAUGCUCAAAGGAAUGCUGGAAGAGACUGGAGGAAACGGGAUAGAGGGGGAGAGGUUUACUGGGUUUGAUACGGAGGCAGAAUGUUACCAGUCAGAGAUAAAAUCAUCUAGUUCCACACAGCAAGCAGAGUGUAAUCCAGUUGGAGCUUUGCAGGAACUAGUAGUGCAGAAAGGCUGGCGUUUACCAGAGUACACAGUCACUCAAGAAUCUGGGCCUGCACACCGCAAAGAGUUCACAAUGACCUGUAGGGUGGAGAGAUUUGUUGAAAUAGGUAGUGGUACAUCUAAAAAGCUUGCGAAGAGAAAUGCAGCAGCUAAGAUGUUCUCUCGUAUUCAUGAUGUACCAGUGGACAUGCGUAGCAGCCAUGAGGCUGAAGCAGAAGAUGAUACCUUUAGUGUGCACAUGGGUGGCAGACAAGAGGCAGGCAAAUCUAAAGGUCUUUGCUGUACGUGGGACUCUCUGCGGAACUCGGCCGGGGAGAAAAUCCUGCAGUUGCGUUGUCGUAGUCUGGGCCAGCCCGACUCAAAUUUCUGUUCUCUCCUUCACGAACUCUCUGAGGAGCAGCACUUUGACGUCAACUACCUGGACAUAGAUGAGCUCAGUUUGAGAGGCCUGUAUCAGUGUCUGGUAGAGGUGUCUACACAACCCAUAACUGUCUGCCACGGAUUCGCCUCCACCUUGGAUGCGGCCCGUGCCAGCGCUGCACACAAUGCACUCCAGUACCUCAAGAUCAUGGCAGGGGGAAAGUAAGGCAUUGUAACACUUCACCUGUAACUUUUCCCCAUUUGCUCUCCAUGGCAACAUCAGAAAAACUGAUGAAUUUUAAGCUUACCUCUUCUGCCCCAGUUCUGUGAAUUGAGGGCUGAUUGGUUGGUCUUCUCGGCUUCUGUGCAGUAGACCUCACAGCUACAAAUUGUGAACCUAUUUGGAGGUGGAACUGGGUGCCUUUCUAAUUUGACCCAUGAAUAUCACACCAAAAGGGUCCACAAUGUACCCUCUUUCCUCACCACCUCCAAAGAAAGGCUGGGAACACUAAUGAUUUUAAACUAAAGGUUCUAAUGUUCACAAGUGUCCCAUCAGGUAAAAUAGUUCAUAUAGAAUUUUUAUUUGCAAUUGUUAUUUUAUUUCACCACCAAUAACUAACUAGUUGUCCAGAACUUUGCCGUGUUUUUUGUUUUUUUUUUGUCCCUCAUUUUAAAUUGUGCCAUCUUAUAGAAUCUCUGCUCUGUGGAAUUUAUGAAUUGAACCCACAACAGUUGAUGUGCGUGUGACCAAAACAUUCUUUUUUUUAUCUCACAUUUGAACUUUGUCAUAAGUUUUUAUUAUUUUAAUGAUGGAUGUUAUUCCGUAACGUUGAUUAACCCUCUUAAAAUUAAUACGUCUAUUUUCUCGGACAUUAAAACCAUAAUGUCCUUUUUUAAUGUGGGGAAGACAAUUAGUGUUCCAAUCAUAUCUACCUCUGUUAAAGUGCUUCUAUCCUCCCAGGCUUAAUCACAAUUCAUCUGAGAAGUAGGACUGACCAAAUUAAACUUGCUAUAAUGUUCAUUUUUCAUCUACAUCUACAGUAUAUAAAACCAAUAGCAACAUAAUAAUAUGUGACUAUAGAUGUCAUUUGUAGCAAAUGUGUGCAUUAUAGUGUUUGGUAUUUUAUCUAAAACAAUAAACUUUUAAU